UGGUGGAAAAAUCAAAGCUUUAGUUUUUUGGGUAUCGGCGACGGCGAGGGAAUCAAACUGCGAUUGCGAUUUGAGAAGGAAACGGGGAAAUGGAAUCGCCUUACAAACCAGACAUACUGAAAGGGAAGGUUGCUCUGUUGACCGGAGGUGGUUCUGGAAUUGGGUUUGAGAUCUCCAAACAAUUCGGAUUGCAUGGAGCUUCCAUCGCCAUUAUGGGUCGCCGUCAACACGUCGUCGACUCCGCCGUCUCCGUUCUUCACUCUCUUGGAAUUCCGGCAGUUGGGUUUACAGGGGACGUUCGCAAUCAAGAAGAUGCAAAGAGAAUCGUUGAAUCAACAGUUCAACGAUUCGGCAGACUAGACAUCCUCGUGAAUUCCGCCGCAGGAAAUUUCCUGGUGCCAUCUGAUGAUCUAUCUCCAAAAGGGUUCAAAACAGUUAUGGAUAUAGAUUCAGUGGGCACAUUCACUAUGUGUCACGAAUCAUUAGGUUACCUUAAGAAAGGUGGAGAAGGAAAGAGUUCAUCUGAUAGGGGUGGAAUAAUAUUGAACAUAAGUGCUACUUUGCACUACACAGCUUCUUGGUAUCAAAUCCAUGUCUCUGCAGCCAAAGCUGCAAUUGAUGCCAUGACUAGAAACUUGGCCCUUGAAUGGGGAACUGAUUAUGAUAUAAGAGUGAAUGGAAUCGCGCCUGGCCCGAUAAGUGAUACAGCAGGGCUGAGUAAACUUGCACCAAAGGAGAUCAAUGGAGGCAAAGAUGAUAUUGAGGCUAACAAAAUUGGGGAGAAAUGGGACAUUGCCAUGGCUGCAGUUUAUCUUGUUUCAGAUGCAGGGAAAUAUGUGAAUGGAACAACUCAUGUGGUUGAUGGUGGACAUUGGUUUAGCAAACCUCGUUAUCUUCCAAAAGAUGCAGUGAAGCAGUUAUCGCGUGUCGUGGAGAAGAGAUCGAGACAAGAGCCUUCCGGACUACCACCGAAGAGCAAACUCUGAUUUUUAGUUCUGUAAUUUCAAAGGGUUUCUAUUUAUUUCAGAUGUGUAAUGAAACUAGAACAGAUGUUGUUACUAUUUCUGAAAAAUGCUGAAUAAAGGUAAUUGGAUUUUUAUCAUCUA